AUGUCUGAUAUGUUGUACAAUCCUGUGUUCGGUAUAAUUUGUUCCUCUUCGUACGACCGAGUAACUAGGAGCUCUGAACGUCUAGAAGCUUACUUUGACGAAUUAAAAUCGGAAUAUCCAGAGGUAGAGCAACUAUCAGAACAUUACCAUAAAGUGACCGCUCAAAUAGAAAUGGACAAGUUAUCUGCGGUAAUAAGUUCUCCAGUGAUUCAUCACAGCAGAUUGAACAAUCAUUUCAACCAACAACGUCAGCAACUGAUGACGUACUACACAGAACGCCUUGCUGAUAUCGGAAACCAGAAAGCAAAGACCGACGUUAAUAAAGACGUCAACUGGAUAGCAGUAAAACUGAUGAAAGAGUGGUUUGACAAGAACGAACAUAGUCCUUAUCCAACGAAAAAAGACGUUAACCACAUUUCAAUGGUUGGUAAUAUAACUGAUAAGGACAUAGAGACUUGGUUCAUGUUUGAAAGGAUCCGUCGUUCUUCUGUGAAGAAAUGA